UCCGUGGCGUUCGCGCGCGUGCGAACGGCUUCGCUCCGGUAUCGUACUCCGGAGCCGGCCGCGUGUGUGCUACGACUUUUUUUUUGGAGAUUUAGGGUAUUCAGCAGUCGAGGAUUCAGGAUAGUAUUUUCGCCACCAUCGGCGAUCGUUACCGGACGCACGCGGGGCUUAACACCAGAGUCGUGAUUGACGAUCUACCAAACAUGUUACGCCUCGUGAUUCUUCUAUUUCUGUGUAUCGCCGCUACUUACACGCCUGGCCACUGCGAGACAGGGGCAUCGCGAGAUGUCGAGCACGCGGGACUGCCAGAGUUCCUCACGGAAUUGGACCUGUCGAGUCUCGAGGCAUCCGAGGAAGACGUCGAAGCGCUGAAGAAAAUCGUGAAAAGGCUGGCGCCCGAAAAGAACGGCGAGUACCAAGUUUACCAAGUCUUCUUCGGAAACGAGGAUCUCCUCAAGGAGUGGCUCAAAGGAGCGGGCGUGACGGGACAGCCCGGGGUGGAUUAUCCAGCCCUCACGUCGAUUCCAACCACUUCAUUCAGCUGUCGCGGUCUGAGAGGGGGAUAUUACGCGGAUUUAGAGACAAAUUGCCAAGUGUUCCACAUCUGCGACAAUGGACGCAAGAUCUCGUUCCUGUGUCCCAACGGCACUAUCUUCCAACAAUCGCAACUUAUAUGCGACUGGUGGUUCAAAGUGGAUUGCAGCAGGUCCACGGAAUUGUACGAGCAGAGCGCCGAGCAAUUGGCCGAGGAGGAGAAGAAACGUACGGAGGCGAGAAAGAUGAAGUCCGAGUUUCAUCGCGCGGCGGAGCAGCAAAAUAAUAACGCGGAUUACUACGAGAACGUCGACUACGACGGUAGACAAAACGGCAGAACGAAUCCGUACGGUCAGCCCGCCGCCAAGCAGAAUCAGAUCCCGGAGAGGCAGGACGAACCGAAGUCCAACCAGCACUUCGGGCCGAACAACGUUUUCGAUAACACUCGUGGUUCUGGUCGCUAUUUCCAAGACAACAACGCGAACGCGUUACGGGCUAACGAGAAGACGAGCCAGACACCCGAGAAUUACGAUCAGUCGUCGAAACAGCGACAAUAUCACAACGGUGGAUCGAAUUAUCAGGCGUCCAAUAAGCAGAGAAAUCAGCUAGAUACGCAGAACGGCAAGUUCAACUACGAUCACAGCAAUAAGUUCCAGGACAGUCGGCAGAAUUAUCAGAGCAACACAGAAAGGCAGGAUCAUUAUCAGUCCAAUCAGAAUACGCCGCGCAACAACGAGAAGCCGGCGUUCAAUAAUCCGAAAUCGCGAACCUCGACGCGAAACAAUCUGUUCGGUUCCAACCAGUCGCAAAAGGCUACGCCGACGUACAUGGAGACGACGACCUUCAGAACUACAACCGCGACGCCUCCGAGGGAGUACCAGCAGUUUGCGGAAAGCGCCGCGUUCGUGUCCAGCCGGGGAAAUCGCUUUAACGCGGCCAAAUCUGAGAACACUCGACAGUAUUAUUAUCAUUCGUACGAUUAUCGAGAUCGUACCACCACCACCACCGCUGAUUACCGUGGUCACGAGACGACGACCACCACGACCACCACGUCCGCGCCGCGGAGGAACGAGGAGAGCGAGACGGUGUCCUUCACGCCGAAAACGGGCGCCCCGCCGUAUCCCGGGCCCACAUACGCUCCUAUCUACAAGGCCAGAACGACGACGUUACCACCUUACGAAACAACGUUGCAGUACACGCCGACGACCGAGACGUCUUAUUACAGCACUCCCUACUACGGGCAAGGCGACAUUCCGGAAACCACGUACGCCAAUGCCGACACGUCGACCGUGACUUCCUCCGCGGAGGAGUACCCGACUACGUCCUUCACUACGUACAGCGAUCUGCGGACGCCCGCCGCGAUAGGUAGAGUGCCACCGGCCCGCGGGAAUUAUCAGAGUCAGCAGUACGUUGAUAACAGGGUGACCGAACAGAGAGACGCCGACACCUCUUUCGCGACUACGCGUCCGUACGUGAAUACGGAGAGCUACCGGCACAACGCCGCCAACGUCACUGCGACCGUCAGUCCGGACCCGUUUCCCUCGUCGACGCCGUUUUACGGAGACUGUCGCGAUCAAGUUCACUCCAAUUGCCAAAACGAGAACAGUAUCACGAACGUCGGGCCCAGAGGUACAACGGGGGAUCCUUGGCGCGCGACUUUGCAAAGCUUCCAGCAGAAUUCGAUCAGCUCGACCGAGAAGCCGUGGAGAAGCACCAACGGUUAUCAGCAGAGUGGAUCCACCAGUAAGACCUUGAGCCCUUACGACACCAGUUUCACGUACAAGCAGGGGAAAGUGCUGUCCACAUUAGGCCCGUAUAUACCUUUCACUAAAAACUACGUUUACUCCACGAUGACCACCACACCGACGCCGAAGCCGCCGACCACCGUGCCGAUAUACAGCCCCACCACAAAUUAUCGCGUCACGACGGGUAAUUUGAUACCCAAGGUGAAAUCGUUGCCUCCAGUGACGAGCAGGCCCAAGCAGGACAGAGCGACCUAUUUACCUGAGGUUGGCAGCAAACCGCCACCAUCUUUGGAGGAUAGACCGUACGCCGAACGGGAACACGCGCUUAACAUGUUGCAUUCUCUUCAAGGUCUCGAAAAUAAUGUGGAAAAUCUGAGCGAGAUCGGCGCGAAGGAUGGAAAUAAUCGAAACGGGCCCUCCGCGCCCGGCCCGUCUACCUUGCACUCGUUAGCUCUGUACUUUGCCACAGCCGGCGACAAUCUCGACUCGAAUGAGACCAUCGAGUCUACCGCGAGCGUCGAGGAGGCCGAGGGUACAGAAGGGAAUCACUCGGAUAACUCGUCCGCCGAAUUACCGACCAGCAUUCUCACGCAGCACACCAUCUCGUCGUACGUCGAGCUGUUCAAUCUGAACAAUGCGCUCGAAGGGAACGCCACGACGGCUGAAUUCACGUCAUCGGAGGCCGAUGACGUUGGCGGCGAGGUGAACGACGAUCUGGAGAUCGAACAGAGCGAGGGUCCAGUGAACGGCGCGAAGAGAUCGAACAGCACGAAGCUGCGCGAACUGGCCCAGGUCUUCACUCACGCUCUGUCGGCAUACCUGCAGGAUCCGGACACCUUCAAGAAGGUGCUCACGGAAAUCAGGCCCACGCAACCACCGGCGACGACCACCGAUGACAGUCAGUUCGAGGUAACGACGUUGUAUCCGACCACGGCGGAAGAGUACGCAUCGGUGACCAAGGAGAAGGAUGAAGUCCUGGAUUUCUCGGACGAUACCGACGUCACCAGAAGGCGCAAGCCGUCCACGAUAUUCCCCACUACCCUACAACCACCGACUGUCACCACCGACAGAUCGUAUUCGACUUACUACACGACGCCGUACGAUGAGUAUUACACGACUUCACAGAGCCAGACGCGAAGGCCAAUUUACUAUCCGAGCACGACGUUGUUACCGCCCAGCGCUUCGUCAUACGACUCGAGGGAUUACGACGAGUCGUCGACGCAGGGUGGUAAUACGUUUGCCUUCGAAGUGAAUCGUGUGUUUACCACCACUGCGAACGAUAUUCAAACCUACGACGGCGAUACGAGAGAUUCGACUGAUUCAUCGAUCUAUGAUAAUUAUUUCCCACUGGACGACGACGGAAAUCGAAAUAGGAUCGGUGGCUUCCAGAAUAACACGGCGGGAACCUUCCAGCCUUACGGUAAAAACGUCAAACCGAUCGGCGCUACGCCUAUAAACAAUUACGCGGCGUCGUCCACGGUGGCGUCUUUUCAGAAUCCCGGAGUAGGGACGACGCCCAGCUGGGGUAGAGGCUCGGCUGGCGAUAAACCCGUGCAAAACCUCACGCCGCCUCAUUACGAUCAACACUUCGGUAAUGUGAGGAGCUUCGAGGUGUCGAACAGCAUCCAGUCGGUGCGCUCAACGACGCCGUUGUCGAGAAGCAAAUCUACCUACGACACCGCCAGCAGCACCGUAAAGCCAUUCAGGAUACGUUACUACGAAUCGACGACAGCACCGUCCGAGUCUCUCGCCACAGCUCGCAGCUCGUACGCGAAGUACAGGAACAAUUACAAGCUUGAGGGCAAUCGCGUGGAAGGCACUCGCAAGCCCACGACGGUGCCGACGACAAUUCGGGACGAUGUCGAGAUACUGGAUCCCGUCACCGCGACCGUCAGCGACGUUACCCCGUACACCGCCACCGUUACUCGCGCCACCUCCAACAAGCCCGCGGACGCGACCACGAGACACUCCAAUCUGCUGAACAACGAUCACUGGACCUCUUCGCCCAUGGUCACCCAGCUCUGGGAGACGACGGUGUUCGUGGAUCCACGGCACAUUAAUCACGGUCUAGAGUCGAACGUCGGCGUCACUCAGCCGCCCGAUACGACCGGUAACGCUAUUUACGAGGAGACGGAAUCGACCGUGGCGGCGACCACCACGAGAUCGCCGACGCUGCCCGUUGCAGAUCCCGACGCGACGACGGAACCGCGGACCACCAGCACACCGAGUCCUUGGCAAUGGGCGACGAGUAACAACGAUCCACCCGUGACGUUCACUCUGCUGCCGACGACCUUCGCCGCGGAGAACACGGCAACGCCGACUCCGAUCAUCACGACGCGGUCCAGCAUAACGACCACGAUCACCUCCUCGGUAACGUCGACCAACGGCGUCUCCCGGGAGAACCUGUCGUCCACUCUGCUGCCAUUUGCGGCGGGCAACGCGCUGAACGCCAGCGAGAGCGAAGCGAUCAAGGCUCACGAGAUGUUCGGCAACCUCAACGAGACGAGCUCGAACACGUUGAUGCGAGUGAUGAAGCAGGCCGAUAACAACACGACAGUAAGACAAUUGGUGCUAUUGCUGGUAACCCAUUGCAACGGGCCGAAAAACAAGACGCUGGAGCAGGAGAAGGAGCAACUGCUGGACGCUCUUCUGAGGUUGCCCGUUAACGAAUUCAGUUCGGAAGAAUCGCGAGAAAUUGUCGCCGGCAUCAACAGAUUUAAUCUUUCGACUAGUAAAUCACGAGCGACUUUGGCAAAUUCCACAACGAUGAGGACUCCUCGAGCGUCGUCCGUGAGACCCACACCGUCUGUACCAUCCAUCACCACAUUUCGCAGUAGGACGGGACGAAAAUUUCGUACGACCACCGAGAAUACCAACGUUCUUGUCAGAAGAUCGGACGAUGCUGUCUCGGAGACAAAUAAUUCCUUGUCGGAGAACGGGGCCACCGCUUCUGACGGCCGCGCCAUCGAGCUCCUCAGGUCGCUCUACACGGUAGCCGCUAAGUGGGGCUGAGAAGCCGCACAAUCGACGACCGAUCGGAACUACGCGCGCGUCGGAAGACUCGCGAGAUGAAGAUCUCGCUGGAGUAUCAGAAGACGUCCGCCUGUCAAUACGUCGGAGUAGAUCGUUGCUGUUAUUCAUCACCGUGUCCACUCCGCCUAGCCUAAAUUCGAAGGUUUAAGCUCCGUACGGUGAAUCGGUUUUGAUCUCGGCCCAUCAAUCGACGUCCACGACGAAACGGGAAUCUGCUCUACGAGCGGAUUUCUUCGCGAGAGACCGCCGGGACAUCGUAAUUCUUGUCUCGAAUAUCAUCGUCAGCAGAAGUCGGCAACAUUGAGUUAUUAUUGAUUCUGGAACUCUUACAUUAUUAAAUUCCGACUGCUAUACCAUUACACUUGCAUGCAGUACUGUAGGAAAAUUAGAUUUGGAGCCGACGAGUCGGCUUCUUCGAACUCGAAUCGCUGCUGCGGAGUUCGAUUUAACUUGGGGCCGAGAUUGACACCUGCGCUCGCGGAUAUUAAGCAGAUCGUGUAACGAUCGAUUUCGGAAAUGUAAAUCCGCAAAGCGCCGCGGCUGCUUGAUACCCGCGACCGAGCGUAACUCGUGUCGGUUAAUAUGCGGAGUCCCGAUCGAUCAUCGAUCGACAAGAUCGCAAUGUAAUAAUUAACCGGCUGUAGUCCGACGUUAAGAUAUUAUAUAUAUUGCUCGCCGUCCUUUUUAUUAAGAAUAAAAGAAAAAGAAAACAUCGAUCGCCUCGAAAUAUCGGCAACUAUUAUUUGAAGGAAAGAAACGCCUGCCAUACUUCGUCCCUUCUGUUCAGCGACUUUGCAUGAACGCCAGACUCAACUUUACUCUCUCCUCUCUAUAAUCAAAGAAGUUCGCACAUAUUAAGCAAGGUAAUUUCACUUGUGUUUAUCACAUGCAAUGAUAUAAUAACAAAGUUUCUCUAAAUGUUUCUUCCUUACAUAAUUUUUAUAAGUCCUUAAACUGAGCGUCGUGUUACAUUGCACAAUCAUCGAAGUCCAUAUAUGUCCCGUAGUAUCUGUGUUUAGAAGAAUUAAUUUCAUUGGAAAACAAUUCGACAAAAUUUUAUAUAUAACCCUUUGAUUGAAAUCCUCUGGAUGUGGGUAGACAUUUGAGACUACACGUAUUCGAAACGAGAUGCGAAUUUUAAUUACUGAUAUAGAAUAUGAGAGAUCUUUAUUAUACAUUAAUUUUUUUUUUACAUUCCUAGUAUACGUACUCGUGUAAAACAGUGAUUGUCCUGCAUGCCAACAGUUAAAAGGGGGUAAAACAUUUUAACACGUUCGCGCUCCUCUCGUAAUGUUGCCGGGUACAUCGUCAAAUUGCAACUCGUCUUCGUUAAAUUACACGCGAAAUUGGUGGAAUGUGGUAAAUUGCGCCAUGUACGCUUAUGGUUAUCCGUACCGGUUGGACUCUACGUGACACAAUUAAAACCCUUUUCCCCUCUCCCGCGUAUCUUCCGCCCCCUCGCUCUCCCCCGAAACGAGGUCACUAUCGUUCUCUGUCGAAAUACGCGUUAAUUUCCAGGCGGUAUUAAUUUCUGUCGGCAGCAUUGAAUUGAUACAUUCGGCGGAACGUACAAAUCUCAAUUCCAGCUGAAAAAACUGACCGUCGAACGAUUCAGUAUUACAAAAAGACUCCCUAUAGAAAGGAUCCGUCCAGCUUUCCGGCGGAUCACGCGAAAUUAUUUAUUCUCCCUCGCUGUGUUGCGAUAUUCCUAUGUACCUACGCGGCUUAACAGUAAGUUAUUACUUAUAUCUUAAAAUUACGGUGUUGGUAACGUUCUCUUUCGUUUGGGCAGUUUCGAGGUCGGCGAUGCGCUUCCGUUACGAUCCCGAAAACGUCCAAAUGGGGUUUCUAGGUCAUUAUUUAAGUACGCGACUUAGCGUGUAGUUGUGUAUCAACUUUAUGUAAUAUACCUUUGUACAGUAUGUGAAUAAAUAUAUACAGGGUUUUGUUUAGCUGCGCUCUAUCCGUCACGUACGUUCUUCACAAUACUUUUACAGGCGCUUUAAUUUUUUUUUAUUAAUAUCUU